GCAUCGGAUCAACAUUUCCAAAAAACACAUCUUGAACUCAGGAGCGCAUAUCACUGUUAGCCUGAAGCCAGUGUGGUGGAAAAUAAUGAACUGUUAUCAGGAGUUGUUAAAAAAAAAAAUCAGGUUUGUGAAGCAUUGAUUUGGAUUAAUGUAUUUGGUUAAUGUGUGGAAACUUUUAUAAAUUGGUUUAAAGGAAAAAGCUUUGGACAUCAUCUGUCGUGAUGAAGAACAAAUCAAGCAUCGGCAAUGUGAUUUGAACCAAUGUGUGUCGUUUUUUCGGCACACGCCUCAAAGCUUCAGAUUAAAGGAAAUUAAAAUAUUUUCCUGAAAUUCAUCACCAACAACCAGGAUAUUUAACUAAGAGCAAAGUUAAACUGCUGAAAGAGGUGAAGCAGAAGCCAUCCUGAAGAAUCUCCAGAACACGCAGAAAUUGUUUGCUACAUUUAAAAGACAAAUGAAGCCAAGUCCCGACAUGGAGAAACAUCAGCACUCUGUCAAGAGUUUUACUAAACAGAGUGAUCUCAAAAAACACCAGCGUAUUCACACAGGAGAAAAAACAUAUUUCUGCUCAGACUGUGGGAAGAGUUUUACUCAACAGAGUGAUCUCAAAAAACACCAGCGCAUUCACACAGGAGAGAAACCGUAUCACUGCUCAGACUGUGGGAAGAGUUUUAAUCAACAGAGUAAUCUCAAAAGUCACCAGCGCAUUCACACAGGAGAGAAACCGUAUCACUGCUCAGACUGUGGGAAGAGUUUUAAUCUACAGAGUAAUCUCAAAAGUCACCAGCGCAUUCACACAGGAGAGAAACCGUAUUACUGCUUAGACUGUGGGAAGAGUUUUACUGUGCAGAGUAAUCUCAAAAGUCACCAGCGCAUUCACACAGGAGAGAAACCGCAUUACUGCUCAGACUGUGGGAAGACUUUUACUCAACAGAGUACUCUCAAAAUCCAUCAGCGCAUUCACACAGGAGAGAAACCGUAUCACUGCUCAGACUGUGGGAAGAGUUUUACUGAACAGAGUGAUCUCAAACGACACCAGCGCAUUCACACAGGAGAGAAACCGUAUUACUGCUCAAACUGUGGGAAGAGUUUUAAUCAACAGAGUCAUUUUAAAAAUCACCAGCGCAUUCACACGGGAGAGAAAACUAUCCCAAAUUUGUCCCACGGCAAUUAAAAGUGCAAAUCGUAAAUCUUUCAGACAGAACACCUUAUCCUACACAAAUGUUUUACCUUGUCAUUUGGGAUACGUUCCACCAGAAACAAACAUGAACUGAAUUUAACAAUGGAUUUUACAGGUUCAGCAAAAUGAAUUUUAUCCAGGGAUGAUGUUUAUUGAAUUCCAUGUUAUGUUUUCUUGUAUGUUUGAUAUUCCAGGACAUUCUUCGUGAGACACAGCUCAGUUUUUAGGGUAGUUACGUUAUGAGUUUAGUUCUGAAGAAGGGAAGGUCGUUUAAGUUAGAGUGAGGGCACUGCCAGUGCUUGCACCAGAUGUUAGGUUAGCAUAACUUAGUCUUUAAAAUUCAGAUGUUGUAGUCGUUAGUAGUAGAGUAGGAUUCUUAGCUUGCAUCCAAGCGUUUUGGAUCAAAUAUUAAGUGCUUAUGCUUAGAAGGUUUUAAAAGCAUUUAAUCGCUUUUCUAGUAUAUGCAGAUUUAAUUAUUUCCAUUAAUUUCCAGUAUCUCUGUUUUCACUCUGUAAAAGCCGUGCUUAGUUUCCCAAGCUUAGCAUAGUUUAGCUUAAUGCUAAUAACCACCAGGCCCAUCCAUAUAAAAAGGAGAAGGGGAAAACACCAACUUAGCCACUCCAGAGAGAGUGAUCACAAAAGUGAGACCCAGAGCUACAGAGAGACGACACUGUGCCGGGUACUGUCAUGUAGACCAGAGAGGAGCAUCCAGACCCGCAGAGAGACCAAAAAAUCCUUUCCAGAGUUUAAAUAAAACACUCCAGCUGUAGUUCCCAUACUGAAAUCAACCCAAAUCAGGCUUGUGUAGCGCAGUAAGGUUGCAGACUCAUUCACUCCCUCUGCUGGUGUUCUCCUUGGUCUAUGGUUCAGUCUGAUUAAAAAUCUGUUACCAAAGAGGGAUAUAGAGGUAUAUUUGGUUGUUGUGUUACUCAAGCUAUAUACUCUUAUCCUUUUCUUAUUGGAUGUCAUAUCUUGCUUAAUGUUUUUUUUUUGUGUGUGAUUUUCAAAGUUUCUAAGAACAUUCAAAUUAUUUAGUUUCCUCUUCUUUUUUUCCAGGACCAACUAUUAUGUUUGUAUUGCUUCACCUCUACAUUUACUUAUAUGCCUGUGUUUAAAAAAAAAAAAACUUUUAUAUUGAAAUAUCCGCCCAAGAAAUGGUUGAUAACCUCUCUGUGACCCUGAUGGAUCUUCAGAAUGUCUUAUGUUAUUAUUGUGUAAGUACUUACAGGCACCCAAAUGAGAAUUCCAAUAAUGGACUUGGGUAAAGUAAAAAAACCAUCCGGUUACUGCCAGCCUACCGAGAUACAGAGCUUUUAGCAGAUGCUCCCAACAGGUUUACAAUGCUAGUAAGUAAGUAAAUAAUCUCUAUUUGUAUAGCACUUUUCCAGAGCAACUCACAAAGUGUUUUACAGAUUACAGCAGUAGUGUGCAGUAAGGCCCUUCUAAUUAUAGUUAUUGUAAACUAUGAGCAAAUAUUUUAUGAAUUAACUAAAAUAAAAAACAGCAACUAAAUAAAAGCAUUAGUCUGUGUUUUUCAGUGGCUAUAGGACUCUUAUCUGACUGACAGCAGUUCUAACCAAUCAAAGCUUUUUAAAAUGACUUCUGCCCCUCCCGUGUGUCUGAGUGACCCUUCUACUGAUUUUGUGAAGGUUGUAGUAAUGAGUCUUUAGCAAAGUCGCAGGACAAUCUAACCAAUCAUAUUCAUGAUUUUCACUACGGGGGUGGGGCCAUGGCUGUCAAACCCCUUUUCAGUGUUCUGAUGGAAGGGGCUAUGCGUUGCUUAGUGUAAAAUAGUGUUCAAUAGUUAGCUAACUAUAAUGGAACUGCAACGGUAAAUGAGACAAAUAUUAUGUCAUAUCACAUUAAAAAAAACUUUUUAAAGGCUGCCCUUCAAUGUGAAACUUAUUCACAGUAAUAGGCUGCCUGACUGGUGAGUUUUUGUGUGUACUUAAUGUUUUGGCUGACCUGGCGUCUUGUAGGCAUACAAAUGAGUGACAUUGCCUGUCCCUGACCACCUCUGUUUGCCUAGUCCUGUAAAUAAACCUGUUUACUAAUCAG